AUGCUUCUUUAUAACGGCGAUGAUCGGAGUAGACAUAAAGGCAAAAACCCACUUGGAGCAGCCUUUAAUGACGAUCCGAAUGACGUUUUCGCUCCCCAGAAAUAUGCCGAAAGGUUAAAUUUGAAAGACGUGGAGGAGAAAUAUCUGGAGAAGAAAGAUCAAACAUGA